AUGGGGGUCGUGUUGGGAAUCUUGGUGGCGGUAGUAGGAUCCGUGGCCUUCGGGCUCUGGCUGCGCACCUGGUGGAACAAGCCACGCGCCCUGCCCCGCCGCGUCCGCGACACGCUCCCUCUGGGACGGUUCUCGGGAGAUCAGCAGGCGGGACUGUCGUCGUCCGACUGUCCCGUCUGCCUCGAGAACUUCACAGAGGGAGAGGAGUACCGACUCCUGCCCCAGUGCGGCCACGCCUUCCACCGGGCCUGCGUUGACCGCUGGUUCGACACCCACCCCACCUGCCCCGUCUGCCGCCACCACGUCGUCGCCCACGUCCCGCCCGCACCCGCACCCGCCCCCGCCCCUGCUCCUGUCGCCGCCGCACCCGCACCCGCCCCUGCCCCUGUCGCCGCCGCGCCCGCACCUGCUCCUGUCGCCGCCGCACCCGCCCCUGCCCCUGUCGCCGCCGCACCGGUGCCCGCCCCCUCCCCCGUCGCCGCCGCACCAGCACCCGCUCCUGCCCCCGUCGCCGAGGAAGUUGAGAUGGCGGCGAGAGGGAACGACGGGGAGGAGGAGGAGUAG